AUGUCCCAGUUGUCCUCCCCAGGAAGACAGGACCCCAUGGUCAAGCAAGAACCCUCCGUCAAGCAAGAGCCAUCCUCAACCCAACAUCUCCCAAGCCUUAAUCCUUCUUAUCAUCCUCAGCAGACCUUUUACCACCACCCUGCUGCAUCCUACUCUUCCUCCUCUGCCACUGCGUCUUCCUCGAACCAAGCCUACGGUCAGCAAGCACAUCACCACCAGCAGCACCAGCCAGCAUCGUCGUCAGCGUCGUCGUCCUCGUCAUCUGCCGCACCCCAAGGACUGUCUGAUCCAUCCACGACACCCUUUGCAAGCAUGUCUGCCACCUCUGGCAACUACAACCUCAGCCGGCAUCUCCUCGGUAUGAACAUGCAGCAGCAGUCGUCAGGAUCAGGCCCUCUUGGAAACAACAACAACAACAACGGCAGCAGCAGCAACAAUAACAACAGCUCUAGCAACUCCAACAACGGCGAGAGUGCAUCCAACACCCCUAUCAUGGGGAACGCCCACCUGAAUCCCAACAACCAUCUCUCAAGCGCCCCUCCUUCGCCCACUCUCAACAACCUCCACUACCCCAGUGCCGCUAGCACCCAUCACCACUUUAGUGGCAACAGCGGUGCUUAUGCCCAGUCAGCAUCGUCCUACUCGUCACAGCUCUCGUACCAGGCUGAUCCUCAGCAUUCCCACUCGCAUGGCGUUCACUCGUCGAGCGAUCUGAGCUCAGGCAGCUACUACAGCUCUAUGCCUCCCUUCAGCUCGCACCCUCACCAGCAACAGGAGACCAUGCCGACGUCACAGGGCCAGCAGUCGAGCCAUCACCCUCAACAUCACCACAGCAACAGCGGCGGAAGCAGUGGCAGCAGCGGGAAUGGCCCUCAUGUCCAGUUCAACUCGACAGCCCCCUCGCCCAUGCGUCAACACCAGCAGCAGCCUUAUUCGUCCUUGGUUCCACCCUUGUCGGAAACGCAUUAUGCCCAGUACCAUCAGCUCCUAGGACCUUCUGCAUUUAGCUCUGCCCAGUCCAGUCCCUACCAUUCGAACCAUUCGACUCCUUACAGCUCGAUGCCUGGUUCUCCUACACAAGAGUACCAGCAAUUGAGCGGAUCCCCUUUGGGACAGGGACAGAAGCCCAAACGGCGACAAGUCAAGAAUGCUUGUGUCAACUGCCAAAAGGCUUGCAAAAAGUGCGACGAAGGAAGACCUUGCUCCCGAUGUGUCAAAUACGGCUUGACCGACACCUGUGUCGACUCCACAAGGAAGGUCCGCAAAAAGGGCAUCAAGCGUGGACCCUACAAGCGCAGACCACCACCCUCCCAGCUCGGUUCGGCCUCUGUCUCAACCUCGCCCACCCUGCGCCAUGCUGCCGUCCCCAGCAACCUCGCAGGAUACAUGUCUGAACCCGUCACAGCCCUCAACAGCCCAACGCAAUCCCAUCUGUUGCCUCUGGCAACAUCGAGCCACAACCAGCCAUUGGAUUUUGGAUACGAUACUAGUGGAGGACAGGGUGGCUACUCUUUCCAGUCGCACCGGAUGGAGUCGACGUACGCACCGUCCUAUGCCAACUACUCGGGAUCAAACCUCUACACAUCAGCCUACGGCAUGAGCAGCAGCAGCAGCAGUAACAAUAACAACAACAACAGCAACAACAACAACGGCGGCAACAACAACUCCACUGGUACUAACAGUGGUCAUACCAGCAUGCCCUGA